GCCCUAGCAAUGAAGCCAGGUGAUAUUUCCAAGAUUGAGCAGAAGAGUCUUACAGAGGAAUCUGGAGACGAACAGAUGCUGAACGACGAGAGAGAGGAGGAACAAACUUUCCUGGUCAACCUGUACAAAUUCAUGAAGGAACGUCACACGCCAAUUGAGAGGGUGCCUCAUCUCGGCUUCAAACAGAUUAACCUGUACAAGAUCUACAAAGUUGUGGAAAAACUUGGAGCCUAUGAAUUGGUCACUGGAAGACGUCUUUGGAAGAACGUGUAUGACAUGUUGGGGGGCAGCCCUGGAAGCACGAGCGCUGCCACCUGUACCCGGAGACACUACGAGAGGCUGGUCCUCCCAUAUGUGCGGCAUCUGAAAGGGGAAGAUGACAAACCCUUGCCCCCUGUGAAGCCCCGGAAACAGUACAAAAUUUCCAAGGAGCCCAAAGGGGACAAAGGGAACGGCAGUGUGGAGAAAAAGCGACCCAAGAAAGAGAAAAGUAGGGACCAGGUUCUGCCAGAGAAGAAGGCUGACGUCAUCUCUGCCCCCAAACCUAUCAAUGGAGUUGAGCAGAAUCAGCCUGCAGAACAAACCGAGGGGUUUCUCCCCCUGGCAAAUGGCAGGGAUCCCUCUGACAGCCAGCCCCCUGAGGGCUGCCAUUGCAACUGCAGGGCCAGCUGCUGCUCCGAGGCCUACCAGAGGCUCUUCUCUAGCUUCUACUUCAAGGGGAACCAUGGCAUUAUGUCUCCCUUGGCCAAGAAGAAGCUGUUGGCUCAGGUGAGCAAGGCUGAAUCCUUGCACUGUCACGAGAAGCAUCUCAGCCACUGCCCAGAGUACAAGAAGGCCAGAAGCAGAGAGGUCCUGGGCUCAGAACCAGAGGCCAGCCCGAAGAACCUGUUGAGCAGUCAUCAUCACAAAGAAGCACAUAACCCUGUGCCGGAAGUGGAUGGCUCCAGUCGCCCUGCUUGUUCUCCUCAUGCCUCGAAAGCAAAUGAAGGCACACCAAAGGCAUCUCCGAGCCUCAAGGACAGCCAGGUGCCUCAGAAAGCAGAAGAUGGUAAUUCUGGGGCCCAUCCUUCACCUGGUCCUCCUGCCUUCACUGGAUAUUUCCACACAUAUCGAAGCGACGUCGUGAAACCCAUAAGUUGCCACCCUCUCCGAGGACCAGUAGACUAUUAUCCUGGCUUCAAGGAUUUUAUAGAUUCUUGCUCGGCCUAUCAGCAACCUGGGAAAGACUUGUCAUCGAGCAAUGUAUCUCAGAAAGGGCAGGAAGACAUGGAGGACCAGCCAGAAGACCUCCGCAGGAAACCGAGUCAGCCGCCUCCUGCCUGGAGAGGGGACGUCCAGCAACACUUAUCCUUUCAGAUGAACAGCCCCAGUAGUAAGAGAGGCUCCUCCCCCUUUCUGAAUGUCAAGGCCUCUUGGGUUCCUCCUGUAGUCAACCUGGCCAAGGUCAGUCCACAGGCUAAGAAUGGAGGACAGCCUGUUUCUCCAAGCCAGAUAGGCAGCUCUGCUCAGAAGAACAAAAGAACCUUGGAGGAGGAAAGCUUUCUUCAUGGGAAGAAGCUGAAGGUCGUCUCCCCUUUUGUCAAGGAAGUGGAAUCCAACGAUGGACUGGAGCGCGGCACUUCCCCAAGUGGCCAGCAAGGGGUUGCUAAGCCCAAGGCGGGUGUGUCAAGUUCGGCUUUCCCAGCAGCCCCUGCGCCUCAGCUUCAGGACAUGUAUAAAGGGACGAUGUUGAGGGUACCUAUGAACUUCAGCAGCGCGGGGGAUCAUUUAAAGGGGCAGUUGCCCUCGCUGAUCCCCUCAUUGUCAGUCAGCCCGUUCAUCAUCCCUGCUUUUCCAACUCCAUUAUUAACUGCUUCUGUCCAGCCCUCGGACCUCUGCCAGCAACUGGGCACUAGUCUAGUCCACUACCCCACAUCUUACGAUGGCACGCUACGCCACAGGCUGUAUCCAGUUUCAACAUGGCACAGUCAGCCAACAUACGCCUCUCCUCAUGUACAAUCCUACCACCGAAACACCAAGCUGUAGCCGCCUGUCAUGGACCUCAGGAGGAGCCUGUUUCUCAUGAGAUCUUGAUUGAGGCACACAAUAACUCUUGAACUGCAGCUGGGCUGCAAUUCAGCCUUUUAGCUGUCCUGUCCUGUCUGGAAAAGCGCUGGCAAGAUGCUACUGUCAGGACCAUGUAAUAUUUUUUUAAACUCUUAGACUUUGGCCCUUAUUUGUAUCUGAUAUGGUAUGCAAAUGACUUUAAACUAUAUUGUGCUAAAAAAAUAAUAAUAACCCAGUAGGGAACAAAACUCAUAUAAAGAGAGAUUUUUUAUCUGUGGUAACACU